GAUAGCAGGAAGGGUGAGCCCUCUCCUUGAACAUCUGAUGUGGGAGACAUAACAAGUUUAGUCACUAGAAACAUUUGUGCUAACCCUGGCUGGAACACACUGUAUUACACCUGACUCCUUGGGUACAGCUCAGUCAAACACGAGCCACAAAUCAGGAAAACUCUUCGCGUUACCAUUGUGUUACACCUCAUUGUGACCCUGGUUACACCUGACAGUUCUCUUGAGGGGACUUGAGGACCAUGCAGCAUCUUCGCUGGCACUCAGACAAGAGCAGCAGUGGGAGUUGUAGCUACAGCGAGAAGUCCAGAGUUCGGCAAAACUUACCCAGCUAUCGUAUUUUAGGUUUACUUGCCAUCCUGUUCAACCCUCCCCUGGGUGUCGUUGUCUACUUUCUCAACAGAGCGGCCGUCAGGAAUGCUCGAGAGGGAAAUGGGAAGAGAGCCGAGAGACUGUAUUUCUCCACCAUCGUCCUCGGCAUCACCAGCAUCGUCCUCACUUUGACAGUCGUCGCAGAGGUUGUUAUUUGGGCUUGGCCAACCUCUGACCUCCAGGCGGACCCCUGCGUUGUCGCUGAUGCAGCCGCCAAAAGGGCGCGACUGGCCAAAAAAUCUCUGACUGAGCUGUGCAAGACGAUCAAGAUAGAGUCUCUUGGGUUUAAUGAAGAGCUCGAGAAAAGAAGAAUAGGUUAGAGAAUGGACGAAUAGGACUCGGGAAGCCAACUACAGCAGCGACACAGUAACCUCGAGGCCGACUACAGCAAGAACAUUCCAGAAUUAGGAUAUAAUGUAUUUGUUAAUUCCUGCGUCUGUGUGAUGUAUAUAAAGUUCCUAAACUACUUAACACGUUAUUGACAAAUGGCCUCAGGCUGUCAUCAAUGGAAGGAGAAAAAACAAACAAUAGCCGAAUAUAAUCGACCGCAUCCAUACAUACAUACUUGCACCAUUUGCGCUUUCUGUAACAAAGCUCUCCAAUAAAUAGGUUUGAAAUAGGUUUUUUAUAUUGACAUUACGGUAAAGAAAUAUUGCAUACCUUGCAGUGUUCAUCCCUGAUAUUAUACA